AUGGAUAACGUCGAUUUGCACCCCGCAGACGAUACACUCAAGUUCUAUGUCUGGUAUGAAUGGAUCGAGGCUAACGGUCCGGUAACGGCUGAGAACGUGCUGCAGUACUUCUCCCACUCGCAGUUCUGGGACAAACAGAGCAACAAUGAGAUUGUGGGCAUGCAGACUCAGUACUCCGGUGCGGGCCCAGUCUCGGCUGAGGCGAGAGCCAAUGAGCUAAGACGGUUCACUGGUAUCGAGUUCGCGCUGGUACAUGUGACUCCGCCUUCUCUGUUCGUGAUACACAAGCGCGAGCGUCUAUCACCAGAUGAAACAAGGCCCAUAGCUGCCUAUUUCGUCAUGGAUAACCGCGUCUAUCAAGCACCAGACGUCUACAGCGUUCUCUCCGCUAAACUGAACUCCUCCCUAUACGCGCUACAAUCGACGCUGGACAAGCUAAGCUCCCGACGCCCGGAUUACACGCCGCGCACAGGCUUUGCUUGGCCUAUAACAGAGGCCACCGAGGAUGCGAAGAAACGACGUGCUGCGGAGCGUAUCGAGGAAUCUGUUCCCCCGCCCGACGCCACACCAGCCGAGAGCCAGCCCGAAAGGGAAAAGGAGAAGACGUCCGAUGCGAAGGUGUCGAAACAGAGCAACUUCGCGCUGCUGUUCAACGCUAUGGCCACGACGGCGCGUCACUCGGAGAAGCUCGCGCAGGAGAAGGCUGCGUUGGCUGCUGCACCUCCGCCUGCGUCUACUGCACCGACUCCGGCACCGACGCUCGCGGCUACUCCGGCUCCCGCGACGCCAGCGCCCAUAGAUACGCAGCAGGGUAAAAAGAAGAAGAAGCGAAUGUCUACGGCGGCGCCUGCGCCCUGA